GUCAUCUUCACAUUUUGUGCAGGGUUUGCACGGAUUUACAUCCGGGCUCCUCAGGCACGUGCUGCACGCUUGUACCCGGCCAACAUAGACGACAUUGAGGCAUAUGGUUGGUGUGUGUCUGUCCGUCAAGUUCUCCAACCAUGACAGCUGGACUGUGUUUACUGCCUCUGUUGCUGGCAUGUCUUUCAGUGUUGCUGGGUAUAACUACAGCGGCGAUACCUAAAGGAUAUACCUUGCAAGUGACACCUCUGUGUUCAACCAGUAUCGACGGAGGAGCCACCAUCACAAUCAAAACAGAUCUGAACGUGGACGCCAAUGCCUACUGCCAACAGGGGACGCCGGUGGGAUUCAAACAGGUUGACGACGCUACCUUGACUCUUGACGUAGCCUAUCCUGGAAGCAAAUCGACCAAGGCCUGCACAUUCAAGCAACGUGAAAAUUCCCAAGUGUAUUUCAUCAGAGUUGUUGUCUCCUACGGCGAGAUUGGUGCUGAGGUGCACACUGACGACGAAGUGGUUACAGUUACCUGCACCUUGGACCCAAGAGGUUCGAAAACUAGCGGGAAGAAAGUUAUAAAGGGAAGAGUGAUUGCACCGAAAGAAAUCGUGGUCAACAAGGGGGCAAAGUCCAAAUCGAAACUGAAGCUACUACUCACCGACAUAGCGAGGCAAAGUCUGAACGGCCGGAACAUCAAUCUGGGCAGGAAGGUUCUUCUCAUCGCCUCCACCGACGGUUCUUCUGGAGAGAAGGGUAUACGAAUAACAUCUUGUGACGCUAUUGGUCAAACAACGGGAAAACGGUAUCAAGUGAUACGAGCUGGGUGCGGCGACGGUCAAGUGUUCAAGAAGACGCUGGGUUUCGUCACGACAGGGCUGACCGCCAUGAGUCCAUACUUUGAUAUGUUUCAUCUCGACAAUGACAAGAUAGUCACGUUUGACUGCAACUUUACCCUUUGUAAAACACAAUGUGACGGGAGUUCCUGUGAGAAUCAAAGACGUCGAAGAUCCCCCAACCACGUUGUACCUGCCGCCUUUAUCAACUCGGCCCCAAGUCCGUUUAAAACAAGGUUUCAAAGAUCAGCAUAUAAAGAAGAGCAUACGAAGAUUUUCUUGACCAACGUGGCCGGCUAUAAACUGCAUAACGUCAGUCUGCAAAGGGGAAGGCCGUAUGUGCUUCAUGCCGUUACUGACGGAAAGAAAGGCGAGGUGGGGCUACAGGUGAUGAGGUGCGACAUUGUCACCACGAGAAUUCAACACAAUCUACGCAUGGCAGCCAUUAGAGAUGGGUGCGGCGUGGAACCUGUUUUCAGACCGGAUCAGGGUUUCAUCACUUCCGGGUUGACGGCCACAAGCCCAUAUUUCAAAGGUUUCUCUAUCAGGGGAGACAAAAGCCUGACCUUCGAGUGUGACGUCAUCCUUUGUCAUCAAAACUGUGAUGGGCGGACCUGUAUCCGGCAAAGAAAGAAACGGGAACUUGAAAAACAAGAACUAUUCCUGGAGUCCGGCAGUAUACAAUCGGCUUCUUACAUCGUCAACCCUCGGGCCAAGAGGUCAAGGUCACUACGUCACAAAGAUAUGCUUGAAGCUGUUUGAAGUUCAAUUUGUAAUGUGAAUGAAUAAACCUAAUACUGGCCACA